AUGCGCGUCCGCGCCGUCCGCGCCGUCCGCGUCCCUCCCCUCGCCCCCGCCUCCGUCGCGCGCUCGCGACGCGCCGCCAUCCGACGCGCGCGCUUACCCGCGCGCGCGCCUCCCACCCCGCGCGUCUUCUCGUUCGAGGGCGAGGCCGCCACGGAGGACGUGCUCGAGUCGUCCGCGGACCGCGGUGAGCCCUCGACGACGACGACGACGACGACGACGACGAUGAAGACGACGACGGCACCGCGCGCCGCGCGUUCCUCAAGCGCCGCGCACGCGGGCACGCGCGCGGUCGAGGAGCGCCCGGGCGCGCCGCCGACGCCGUCCGCGCGCUACCCGACGGUCACCGCGGUCGACUACGAAAAAGUCCCGCCGAACGCGACGCGUCUGCCGCCGCCGGACCUCCACGGACACGACUCGCCGCGGUUCGAGGAGGGUCCCUCGCUUUCAAUCCCCGCCCUCGGCGCCUUUCAACUCCACCUGACGCCUUUCAACUCCACUGUCGAGGAGGUGAUAUCGCGCCGCCGAUCGUGCCGCGACUUCGCGCCGCCGCCCCUCGGCCUCGUGCACUUGUACGAGAUCGCGCAGCUGUGUUGGGCGGGUCAGGGGUUGACCGCGCCGGAGGAAGCGCCGGAUAAGUACGGUCACGCCGGCGCGGCGUCGCGCGCGGCUCCGAGCGGCGGCUGUCUCUACCCGCUCAACCUGUACGUCGUCGUCGCCCCGGGCGGCCGCGUCGGCGGGCUCGACCCCGGGGCGUAUCGGUACCUCCCCGCGUCUCACGCGCUAUGCGCGCUGAGUCCGAAGGGAGACGAGCGAUGCGCGGACGACGCCGCGUCCAGGCGCGCGACGCGUCGGACUCCGAACCACACGUUCGUUUUUGACACGUGGAAGUACUGUAAUUCCAUCCGUAUCCACCAAUCACGCACCCGCGCGACUGACACGCGUGCGUCUUCUUCCCACUGCAGGGCGGAGAUCGAGAAUCUCGGCGAGGCGGUCUGCUUCGACGCCGCCGCCGCCGACGGCGUCCACGGCGCGCUCGCGCGGUCCACGAGCGCGCAGGCGAACUCGACGGAGUACCAGACAUGGAUCGACGACUCCGCCGUCGUCGUGCUCGUCACCGGGAACGUUCGCGCGACGGCGAAGCACGGAGGACUCUACCGGCGAUUCGCGACCGAGCUGGUUACGACCGAAGCCGGGAUGGUCGCGGAGAACGUCGUGUUACAGGCGACCUCGCUCGGCCUCGGGGCGACCCCUAUCGGCGCGUUCGACGCGCGCGCGAUUCAUCGGACGCUGCCUUUGAAAGAGACGGGCGAGGACCCGCUCGUGAUGCUGGCCGUGGGCGUUCCGAAAGGGAGCUUCAGGGAGCACCACGGCCACGGCCGCGCGGAGGACGAGCAGAGCGCGAGGGCGGCGGAAGUCGCCGCGAAAGGUGAGGAGACUGCUCGCCGUACGACCCGAUGA